UGACUACACUACACACACCAUUUAGCUGACCCGUAAUAAACAGGUAGUGUUGUGUUGAGGAUUAGGAGUGUAUGCGCGGCGUCAGUGUUGAGCUCUCACACGCACGAGCGCCCAGUCUGACGAAACUAACCGGCAACUGACGAAUUUGAAACUUUUUUCCCCUCUUUCUUCCUGUCCGACCGUGUCUAUCCCAGUUUGUCUCUCUUUAACAAUAGAGUUAGAUUUCUCCAGCUCCAAAAACACGCGCAAUUGACUUUGGUGUCAUUUUUACGCGUUAACCGGGACUUUGGAUAAGAGCGCGCGGGAUCUCACCGGGAUGUUUUCACGCGACUUUAAACGUUCCUCUUCGAUUCCACCCGUGGUCUUGGGAUUUCUGCUGGAUCUUUAGCUCUUUAGGAAAGACAUGAGCUCUGGAUAUGGGUCUGUGUCUGGGCUCAGAGGUGACAGAGGAGGGAAAGAAGGCGAAGAUCCACAGCUCGCAGAUAGACAGAGAUCUGUACGAGUACGCCAAGAGAGAGAUGAACGUGGUGAAGAUCCUCAUGCUGGGUGCUGCAGAAAGUGGGAAAAGUACAUUGGUCAAACAGAUGAAGAUUAUCCACAGUCAUGGAUUCACCAAACAAGAACUAACCAGUUUUAAGCCUGCGGUGUUGGAUAACCUCCUGACCUCUAUGAAGUUUGUCCUCCAUGGAAUGGGCGUCCUUCGAAUCAACCUCGCUAACAGCAAGAACAAGGUCCACGCUCAUUCCGUUCUCUCGUGUGGCCGUUGUUUUGACGAAGACCAGAUGUUGUUCCCGUUCAUAAGCCACGCCCUCUGCUGUUUGUGGGCGGAUCAGGGGGUGCGGUCGGCAGCAGUGCGUGGAUACGAGUAUGAACUCAAUGACUCGGCACUAUAUUUUUUUGAGAACAUGGGCAGGAUCGUCGCCACCGAUUACAUGCCGACAGAAACGGACGUUUUAAGAGUCCGACUGAGAACCACAGGAGUGAUCGAGACUCAGUUCAAAGUCAAACACUUGGUCUUCAGAAUGUAUGACGUUGGAGGCCAGAGGACGGAGAGGAGAAAGUGGAUCAGCUGUUUUGAGGACGUGAGGGCCGUGCUGUUCGUUGUGUCUCUGAGUGGGUACGACAUGACGCUAGUGGAAGACCCAUCUAUGAAUCGACUGCAGGAGAGUCUCAAGCUGUUCUCGUCAAUCUGCAAUAACGUCUUCUUCAGAAGUACUUCUAUGAUGUUAUUCAUGAACAAGAUCGACCUUUUCCAAGAGAAGAUUCUCCACUCGGGACGCCAUCUACGGCAUUACCUUCCUCAGUUCAGAGGUGCUGACUGUGAUGUGGACGCUGGCGCCCGGUUCAUCGCCACCAUGUUCGUGUCUCUCAACGCCACACCCAGCAAGCUCAUCUACCACCACUUCACCACAGCCACCGACACCUCCAACGUGCAGGUCGUCUUCCAAGUCGUCAUGGACACCAUCAUCAAGGAGAACCUGGAGGCCGUGUCUCUGCUCUGAGUCCACAACCCUUCCCCUUAAAAACUCAAAGACUGAUGGUAUUUAUUAUAUAUGAUGCACGCUCUUCAUGAAGCAAUAAUCGAAUUUAUGCUCCUCUUAAACAGCAACUAACAAAAUGACUAUUUAAUAACUCAAAAUGCAAUAGUAAACCAAUCUGAAUCACAAAUUACGCUGUGGAAGUGUAUAAUAUGGUAUUAAAGAGUAAAUUGUACUCUCCUGAGGAAGACUUGCUUGUCUAUGCAUCACAUAAUUCUCCACCUGACAUCCACCGAUUCAUGAGUCAUCAUCAUACGUGUAAUGAAAUAACCUUCUGUAAAUCUUUGUGCAACAUGGUCCGUUCAGAGAUCGAACACCCUGUUUUUUUACAUUCUGAAUCAUAUUUGGCUUUUGACUCAUUUGUGAAUUGCAGCACUUUUAUAGUUGUCAAAGAGGAUUUAUUCAGUCUAAGAGUGAGCAACACAUCUAUAUGAAGCAUAAUCAUACUUGUAAGUUGUAGCAAUUGCAUUUUGUAUUGUAAAUACAUUUCAAAUCAUGUUACUUUACAUAUUUUUAUCCCAAUUAUUCAUUGGUGUAUUUUUUUUUCUAUUUAAAUGCCAUAUUUCGCUUUUCAAAAGCAUUUGAGUUACUUUUGUAAGUGCAAAAAGACCACUGUGAAUUGAAACGUAAUUAAAAACUAACAAAUGUA